GGGGUGGGUUGCCUUUUUGCUUGAGCCCACAGCCCCCGAAAUGUCUGUGAAUGGCCCUACAUAGCGACACAUUAAAGCACGCCUAAAAAUAAAAACAAGGUUGCCCCGAGCUAACAUUUUUGCCAAACCGCUUAGAGAAGCGCAGAUAAAACUUACCGUGUUGUAAAAUCUGGUAACACGGCUACAAAUGCAGUACAAGUUAUAUACAACCGCGGCUAGGUUAGUAGCUCAUGUCCGCAAUGCUAAUAAUACCUUGCGAACAUCAUUAGCAGUUAAUGGCUGUUUACAUGGCACAGCCUCAUUAGCGACGGAGCGAACGGUCGGGACACACACCAAACCUCCGACCUGUCGCUGCUGCAGGUGGAUUGUACGUUUGUUCUACACGUGACCUCUCGUAAAGCAACAUUACAAAGAAACGAUAAAGUGCCAUGUACCCUGUGGACCUUCCAGCUGUGGAUGACAGUGACCUGACGUCAGCGUCUGAACAGUACCUCUCCUCUUUAGAGUCCAGAGCACGCGGAAAUGAAGUGUUUCAAGCAUCACAGACAUCCGAGGUAGCAAUAACUGCAAACAAUGUAAGACGGUUGCAGCUGUUUGAAGAUGACCAGCCCGACUGUUCGCUUCUGGCGCUUCACCCUCCAGACGAUCCAACGCAAGUGCUGGCUUUAUACCUGCAUGACAAGUGGUGGUGUGUGGCUGACGUCCUGCGAACAUCCAGCACAUCCAGAAGUGGUUUGAUGUUGGCGCAGUCGAUUGUGGAGAGGGUGAUUGUGUUCCUGCUCAGUCAGGUAGUGGACAGACUCCCAGAGGAGGAGGUGUUGUUCUCCCAGCACCCCCGCACAGAGAGCUGUAAACUGCUGUGGAGAGACAGCCAGGCGGUCGGCUUCUACACCGUCAAACACAAAGGCAGCCUGUGUGACAGCUGGAGCAGUCAAGCCUACCUGCUGCCUGUUCUGGACACAGUGCUGGUGAGGGCGAGCUGGAGGAGGAGAGGCUGUGGCCUUCACAUGCUGGAGGAUUUCUGCAACUCGCUCUCCACAGAGGAGUUUAUGGGAGUCAGCUCUCCAUUAUCACCCAGCAUGGUGGCAGUGUGCAGGAAGUUCCUGCAGCAAAAUGAAGAUUAUCAAGAGCGUCUGUAUGAAGUGGAGGCUCCAGGGGGCUGGCUUCAGAGAAGAAACAUCUGGCUCAACAUCAAGCUGGGCCGCUAUUCCAUCUGUUUUAAUGAGGAGAGUGGUCCAACAUCAGGAGAAACACAGAGGAAUGAAAAGCAGUCUAACAACUGCCGACCUGAACCGACCUCAUUCAACAUCUGCGACGUCAACACUCCACCGGCAACAGGCUCUUCUGAGGAACAAAUUAAACCGUGCGAUCCAAGCCAAGGAGGAAGCUCCCCAAGCAGCAAGACCUCUGGAACAGGAUGUAGUCCUGCAGCCCACGCUGAUGAGCUGGACCGUGGACCUCCCACCAGACCGGCAAAGUUGAACACAAAACAAGCCCUGAUGUUGCAGCCCUCUCUAUCUACAGAGCCUUGCAGAGAGAAGCCAGAUUCAGAGGAAACACAAGAAAGAAUCAAACGAGUCAGAAGGACAUGAGUUAGAUCACUGUGAGCAGCACCAGCCAUCAGAAGGAACUGCUGUGGAUGCCCCCACCUAAACUUAGCUGACAGUCAUACUAUAUGAAUGUCAUGAGGUUUAUACAGACAUUUCUAGACUGAUAAGUAUACUAAAAAAUACAAUUUUAAAAUGUCAGAAUUUUUUUUUUUAUUAUUCUGGCUAACCUCUUUUCAUAAAGGGUUCUUUGGUUCACAUACAGUCAUAAUGAGCACAACAUUGUGAAACUUGUUCUCUGCAUACGGCUGCCAUGCAGCUAUUUAUUUUCUGUUUUUAUCUGGCAUCACAGACUAUGCUCCAUUGACAUCUCCAUCAUUCUGCUGUUAUCACUGUUCCGGCGAGACAAAUUACACCUUUAUCAUUCUUGAAAUUGAUGGCCUCAUGUAAUUCCCAGCGUGGCUCCACCAACCUUCAACCUGAGCAGAGUGCUAAUGAGAAAAAAAAACAGAUAAAGCUAUGCAUACCAAUAUAAUUAUAUUUACUCACCAAUCAGAUCGUUCAGCAGCUAUAUGUAUACUGUGGAAGAUAGCCUAACAUGUCUUUGUAAUAUGAGGUAUAAAAGGUAUGUAUAUUGAAUCACUUAGUUCCAUAGCUUCCAGUGUCACUGAUCUUAAAAGACUUCUCCCAUGCUGUGGGAAAUACUCCCAUUUGCCUUCAUUUGAUGCCAUUCCCAUGUGUGUUAAGUAACUAUGUACCUGCAGCCAGUUAGAUUAGCUUUGCAUAAACUGUAGAUAAAGGCAAACAGCUUGCAUGGCUCUGUGACAAAGUCCUUCUCCGCUCCUAGCCAAGAAAUAGUCCAGCCCAAUCUUCUUAUCUAACUCUGAAUAUGGAUAUUUUGCAAACCUACUCCUUCAGUCAGUUUAAGUGGAUAGAUACCCAAGUAUAUAAACAGAGAUGGAAAAGCAUGAUGUGCAUGAUGUGACAGCAGCAAAGCAAUCUGUGGAGACACUGGUUGAAAUGCUUCUGUUUUGCAUUUGUUUUGAAUAUAAUAUUGCCAAUAAAUCAUAAGACAUACAUUUCAGAAAA